GUCAAGGUCUUCACCACAGACCCCCCAAGACCAAGCUCAGAUCUCUUGCAGAAAGUUGUCAGGCCAGAAAUGAAGAAACACAGAGGAGGGAGACUCUGGGACAUCAAACGUAGGACCUACUGCACUGGUGAAUGGGGUGACAGUGACAGGAUGAGUCUGUCUACUCCAUGCUGGAGUGUAAGGUGUUUGGGACGCAGUGGGUGGAGAGAGAGUGCUGGGAGGGAGAGAAUUGCUAGCAACUGAUGUCGGGAGGAGAGAGUGAUCGCUGGGGGGGUUGGUAGCGACUGAUGUCGGGAGGAGA